AUGGGAAAGAUCAUCUUCUUUGAGGACAGGAACUUCCAGGGCCGCUCCUAUGAAUGCAGCUCUGACUGUUCUGAUCUACACCCAUUUUUUACCCGAUGUAACUCCAUUCGAGUGGAGAAUGGAAACUGGAUGCUCUAUGAGCGCCCCAACUUUGCUGGUCACCAGUACUUUCUAAAGAAAGGAGAAUAUCCUGACUUCCGGAAGUGGUUGGGUUUUAACGAUUCUAUCAGGUCCGUCCGUCUAGUUUCUGCAGUAAGGUCACAUAAGAUCCGUGUCUAUGAGAGAGAAGAUUUCAGAGGUGAGAUGCUGGAGCUCAGUGAAGAUUGUCCAACUUUGUUUGAGCAGUUCAAUUAUCUUGAUGUCCUGUCUUGCAAUGUAAUUGAGGGCUCCUGGAUAUUCUACGAGCUACCUAAUUACAGAGGAAAGCAGUACUUCCUAAAACAAGGAGAAUACAGAAGGUUUACUGAAUGGGGUGCCCUGAAUAGUAAAGUAGGCUCCUUAAAGCGCAUCCUUGACAGUUACUAA